UGUCGGCUAAGCUGAGCUUGCUCACCACGCUCCCGUUUGACAGUACAUUCCAUCAUGAGUCUCAAUUUGGACGAGUGCUACGAACAUGUGCUGGGACUGGUGGAGAGCGCCGGAAGUUUGAUUGCGUCGCGGAAUUCCGAUCGAAAACGGGUGUUGGAAAAGUCCAGCAACAUCGACUUGCUGACCGAAACCGACCAGCAGGUGGAACGACUGCUGAUGGACGGCAUUUCCGCCAGAUACCCUGACCACAGGUUUAUCGGUGAAGAAGAAACGAGCGAAGGCAAGAAAGCCGAACUGACCGACGCCCCUACCUGGAUUAUCGAUCCCGUCGAUGGGACGAUGAACUUUGUGCACAGCUUUCCACAUUCCUGCAUUUCGAUCGCCCUGCUGGUGGCGCGAACAACGGAAAUCGCCAUCAUUUUCAAUCCCAUUCUCGGCCAAAAGUUUACGGCACGGCGCGGUAAGGGUGCGUUCCUGAACGGCAAACCGAUCCACGUGUCGGGGGAAACGAGAUUCGCGUACGCCCUUGCCACCACCGAGUUUGGCACCAGCCGCGAUGAGGAGAAAACGGCCGUCGUACUCGAGAACAUUGGGAAACUCAUUCGCCAGAUCCAUGGAAUGCGAAGUCUCGGUUCAGCUGCACUCAAUAUGGCCAUGGUGGCACUCGGUGGGGCAGAUUUCAACUACGAGUUCGGCAUCCACGCCUGGGACAUUGCCGCUGGGGAUUUGCUCGUGCGUGAGGCCGGUGGCGUCUGUCUGGAUCCGGCCGGCGGUCCGUUGGAUUUAAUGUCCCGUCGGGUACUGUGCGCCAGUACGCAAGAGCUCGCCGAUCAAGUGGGCGCCGCACUGACGCAGUACUAUCCCGAGCCGAGGGAUUAAGGCUAGUGUCUGCGGUCCCAAACGAAAGUUACCCUUGUGUACUUACCUCAGGAGACGAAGGUAUGCCAAGCAUCGUUAUAUUUUUAGCAACCGAACCCCAUGUUCUGUGUAUUUAGUAGUUUGUGCAAUAAAUUAAAUCCCAGGGCUAGACGAUUGGUUAUUUCUAAAAACAUUUGCUUUUAUUCGAACUCGAACGAAGCAUUCCGGUCGGUCCGGCAAGUUACAGUUUGAAUGGCCGAAUUAUCGAUUCACAUUACAACCCAAGAAUGGCAAAAUACACGGUUCCUUGAUUCCUUCCUUCCUGUCGCUUAAACAAUCGUCAAAUCGAACGCUUUACGAAGCAGCAAAAAAGCGGUGCAAACGAACUGGCUCACCCGAACAAAACGGAAGAUGGCGCAAAGUCUCUGUCUGCUCGCCGUCGCUUUUGGACUGAUUUCCCACCGGAAUCGCUUAUCGAUCG